AUGCCUGAAUGCAUUUCCAUGAUUGUGCUUUUGCUGCUUGCCUAUGAUGAUCCUCAGUGGAGAAGUGGGGAUAUUAAAUACUGCUCAAGUUGUCGCCUUGCCAUUCUCUUCUUAAGACCACCUCUUUUUAUUGCCGUUCUUAGUGAUCUGGGACCUGUACAGGUAGUGGCAAGCCCUGCUGACCUGGUUAAAGUGAGAAUGCAAGCAGAUGGCCGUAUGCUGAGCCAAGGUCUCCAACCCAGGUACUCUGGGCCACAUGAUGCCUUAAAGAAGAUUAUUCAAACUGAAGGCUUCGGAGGACUUUGGAAAGGAGUUCUCCCGAAUGUCCAGAGAGCAUUUUUAGUGAACCUGGGAGAAUUGGCCUGCUAUGAUCAUGCAAAACGUUCUAUAAUCGAAAAUCAGAUCUUUAGUGACAAUAUUUAUGCCCACACUUUGGCCUCUAUUAUGUCAGGUCUUUCAGCAACUGUUUUGAGUUGUCCCGCAGAUGUAGUGAAGACAAGAAUGAUGAACCAACCAGUGAUCAAGGAAGGUAAUAUUAGAUAUGAAAACUCUUAUGAUUGCCUUGUGAAAACUGUUAGAAUUGAAGGAUUGAGGGCAUUGUGGAAGGGAUUUUUUCCUACAUGGGCAAGGCUUGGUCCUUGGCAAUUUGUGUUCUGGGUUUCAUAUGAGAAAUUCCGACAAAUUGCAGGCCUCUCUUCCUUUUGA